AUGUCGGAACCAGGGAAGCCAGGACCGUCCAGGAUUGCCAUCAAGUUUGGAAAAUCAUCCUCAGGGCCUGCGAAGAAGGUAAUUAGGCCAGCACCAUCCUCUGCUUUGGGAAAGCGAUCACGAACCGGACAUGGCUUGGGAGAUGACUCGUCCGAGUCCGGAUCGGAAGUCGACAACCACGCGACAGGCCGUCACGAGCGCAUUACUGCCUUUGGCGAACACGGGGCGGAGCUAGAGAAAAAUGGACGGAACGACGGCUGGCGGGCCAAACGCGGGCCGCUGGUCAUCGAGAAGCAGGCCAACAGAGACUGGAAAACGGAGGCAAGGGCACGUCGACGCCCGUACCAGCAACAGAAGCCGUCACAGGCGGCCGGUGCAGCGGCACAGAAGGAUACGGAACCGGCAGAUGCAGAUAAGAAGAUAAAAUGGGGCCUAUCCGUGACCGAGAAGGCGUCGGUUGGAGAAGACGGUGAUGAAGAGAAGGAGAUCAAAUCGACUGCGACAGAGGAAGAAGUGCAUAAAGGCGCAGAGAAGGGAGGCGACGACAGUAUCGACAAGGCAGCUGUGGACGCACUGCUUGGUCAGACGAUAGCAGACCGGACCAAGACGCGGCUCGUCAUUGAGGGUGCGGCAAACGAGUUGUCCGAGGACGAUGUGUUCCAGCGCGACUUUCACGAUGCGCCCGACAUAUCGACGCUGGACGAGUACGAGGCCAUGCCGGUGGAAGAAUUCGGAGCGGCACUUCUGCGUGGGAUGGGCUGGGACGGCAAGGACCGGGGUCCCAAGGUGAAGCAGGUCAAGAGGCGGCCAAACCAGCUGGGGCUGGGGGCCAAAGAGCUCAAGGGCGACGAAGAGCUGGGAGCAUGGAAUGCCAAGGGCAUCAACAUACAGAAGAAACGGCCGCCCAAGCUGCACGAGUACCGACGCGAGCAAGAGCAGCGACGGGAGCGGCGUGAAGACCGGUACCAGGACAGCUACAAGUCGGAGCGAGAGCGAGAGCGAGAGCGGGAGCGAGAGCGAGAUCGGGACCGGAAUCGGGACCGGGACGACCGAAGGCACGAGCACGGGAGCAGCAGCCAUCGCAGCCACGACCGACACCGGCGCAGAGAUUGA